AUGCUCGAUAUUCAUCGCACCGAUUCCGGACCCAAUACGAAAAUAUACUUUUCCCACAGCGUUUUGCCGUCUUACAUCGACCCGCAAAAUGUUUCCACAAAGAGGAAGCCCUUCUCGACGUUCAACAAGCAGAAGUACAGCCACAGCCUAAAUCUGGUACUGCCGGAAGAGACAUAUGAGCUUAUUAAAGGCCAGCUCGAACGGAAUGAUGGCCCAGCGAGAGCGCAAUAUGCGCGAGUGCAUAUGAAGCUCGGAGAAAUCAUUGAAAGCGACUUCAUGAACAGCUAUAUCAAACAGGGAAAUGUCAUGAUGCUCAGCGAAGGCCGGCCGCUUUUGAACGACCGAUUCGAGCUCUACGAAGGCGUACUCCGCAUGGAACUUACCCGCCCAACAUACGAACGGUGCGGCCUCCAGGGCAUUCCCAUCGAAGACGGCGGCAGGAAACACCAGAAGCAGCGGUGGAUAGUCGAAUAUAACUUGCGUGCAAACUCUAUGAAGCAUGGAAAGGGCGGAUUGUCUAGGCUCGAGUGGGCAUGCAAAAAUGUGCUGGAUAAAUCGCUUACUUGGUUAUUCUACAACUUCAAUCCUUCAUCUACCGAGUCUCUUGCGGAAGGGAAAGAACCAAUAUCGAGACACCAGCCUUGGAUACAUGAAAUUAGGCCAAACGCGACAAUAAUGGAGGACAUCCUAGUACCACAAGUCUCUGUCAACGAUCUCACCAGUCUCUAUGCGGAAGAGGACGCGCUGGGCCUACUCGAGUACUUCCACAUGGUACAGUUGAAGUCGCCUCGGAUCGAAAAAGGAGACGACAUCAAUCCACACCUGUCGCGCUACGAAGUGCUCGAUUUUGGCAAAGGCGUCAGCUCAAGGAACAUGGUCGUGGUACGUUGGACAGGUCUGAUUUCACCAGCUUUUGUCCGCGAUUUGUUUCUCAUGGUCAAAAAAGAUGGGUUCAAAGGUAAGAGGAAGGCCAGCAGCACAAAAGAUGAGGACGUAUCGAUGGAAGGGAGCAGUCUAGUAGAGGAAAAGGACGGGGAGUGGUUUGCUAUGGGCGCACAAGCUUUCGGUGGCAAGCACGCAUGGACUGUGAUGCAGUUUGCGGGUCGCGAGACUCUGGUCUGGGAAGCAGAAGAUUAA